AUACACGCGCUGCUCUGAUCUGCAAUUUACACUCGUAGAUUGUACUUUCGACGUAGUAGCACUGUAAAAUAUUUUGUUGAUUGCAACUUUCAAUAAAAAUACACAAAGUAGUGAAAUGAGGAAGAAACAUAUUGAUGAUGUCCAACCACAGACGGUGGAUGAACAUUACAAAUUAAUCCUAGAAGAUAAGAAUGUAAUUGAUACAGAAGCAACCGAUGUAACAUCCAAUGAUCUUCCAGAAUGGUACAAUAAACAUUUAUAUAAAGAAGCUCAAAAAUUUUAUGAGAGAAACUUAAUGUCGAUAAUAGCAGCGAGCACGGUAGGACUUGUUAUAGUAUUUGCAGUGGAAACAAUACUGAAGGUGCUCUUGUAUACAAAAAAAAGCAGUUCAACUUGUUCAGCUUUUAAAAGAUACAUCGAAACUAUAUUACAUACACAUAACAUAUAUACAUGUGAUCCAAAUGAUACAGAUUCCAAAUGGUACAAAUCGAUAAAUGCAAUUCGUUGGCAUCACGUAAUGGCAACCAGGAUGACAAAAAAGGCUGGAGUUGGAGAGAUACAACAAAGAGAUAUGGUCCUUACACAGUUCGGUUUUUUGGGAUACACCUUCACUGCAUCUAAGUAUUUUGGACUAAACAAUACACUGGAAGAAAACGAAGCAUUUAAUCAUUUUUGGCGUGUAAAUGGUUAUAUGUUAGGAAUCACUGACAAUUUGAAUAUAUGUCGCAAAAACGCAAAAGAAACUACCGAAUUAUGUUAUAAGUUCAAAGAUUUGUAUGGAACUUAUUUGAGUAAUGGUUCACCUGAAUUUCAUGAAAUAGCGGUAACUACAUUAAAUGCGAUAUGGUACGUUGAUGUAACCGCGGAUAUAGAUUCUUUCAUGGCAUUUGCCUAUAAAUUACAUGGGCUCCCAGAUAAAAAGCUUGGUUGGCGUAGUUGGUUAAUUAUGAAAUAUCGUGAAUGGUUAUUUUAUCUGUGUCUUGUGCCUUACAUCAGAGUAAUAGUAAGAGCAUAUAGUAACUUAUUUGUGCGGAUUGUACUUUGGAAUGCACGUUACUUUCCUAUACUUGCGUGGAUAAAUCAUGGAAAAGAUAACGUUCGACUCAAUUUAUAUCCUAAACAUUAACAACUUCGAUCUUACUAAUAAUUUAUCACAUUAAUAUAAAUCAAGCAAAUUACUUUUUAAAAUAUUUAACACGUUAUUACAUAUUAUACAUAGUAUAGUAUAAGAAUAUAAGGUAUGUCAUUCUUGAAGAUGCGCAGUCACCUCGAAUAUGGCGGCUGCUAUUUUGAAAUCGUGAACGUCUCAAAUUGUAAAUAGGAAUAUGAUUGGUACCAUUUUCCUAAUUUCACUAAUUUUAGAAUAAGCACUUGAUUGUUUGUUCUAUUUACUCUAUUAUCAUUAUGCGCAAUGAAAUACCUUAUAUCAUGUAAUUACAUUGUAUUUUAAUCAUUUAACUGCACUCAAAAAAUGUGGUUCGAAAUGCAACUAUAUAGUACUCAACAGUAACUAGUGCUAAUAGCGACUCUUCGCCAGUACUUACUCUUUAGAGAAUAUGUACAACUUGUUGAAAUGUUGAAUAUUGGUUU